UGAGCGGUUCUGCUGAUGGCACCCGAGCCCAGCAGCCUUCGGGUCGGUCGCGAAACGUAUGCGAGAACUCGGGUGCGCCGGGGGCAACGGGCUCCGCGGGAGAAGCACGGUCCCCGCCUGCGCCUGCGCCCCCGGGCCCCGGCCCCGCCGCGGGGUUCCCCUCUCCGCGCCACCCCGUCCAGUCCCGUCCGCCCGCCCAGGUGCCCGGCCCCGCCCCGUCCCGCCCUCCCGGGCGGCACCGCCCCCGGCGCGAGCGGGGCGCCGCGGAGCGCAGAGGAGCGCGCCGGCCCGGGCAGAGCCGCCGCCGCCCGCCGCAGCAUGCCGCCGUCCCCCGCGCUCGCCCUGGCGCUCGCGCUCUCCGCCGCGCUGGCCCUGCGGGCGGCCGCCGACUUCGACGGGAGGUGGCCCAGGCAUCUGGCGUCCUCGAUCGGGCUCUGUCGCUAUGGUGGGAGGAUUGAUUGCUGCUGGGGCUGGGCUCGACGCUCCUGGGGACAGUGUCAACCUUUCUACGUCUUAAGGCAGAGAAUAGCCAGGAUAAGGUGCCAGCUUCCAGCCGUGUGCCACCCGCAGUGCAAGCAUGGCGAAUGUGUUGGGCCGAACAAGUGCAAGUGUCACCCUGGAUAUGCCGGGAAGACCUGCAAUCAAGGCGACCUCUCCUACCCAGCUCCUCCUGACCAAGGCAGUGAGCAGCCUCCUUUCCACCCCCCGGAUCACCCAGCCACCAGUUUACCUGCACAGGACCUGAACGAGUGCGGCCUGAAGCCUCGGCCCUGCAAGCACCGCUGCAUGAACACGUUCGGUAGCUACAAGUGCUUCUGCCUCAAUGGCCACAUGCUGAUGCCCGAUGGCUCCUGCGCAAGCACCCUGACGUGCUCCAUGGCAAACUGUCAGUAUGGCUGUGACGUCAUCAAGGGACAGGUCCGAUGCCAGUGCCCCUCCCCGGGCCUGCGGCUGGCUCCUGACGGGAGGACCUGUGUAGAUGUCGACGAAUGCGCCACAGGAAGGGUGUCCUGCCCCAGGUUCAGGCAGUGCGUCAACACCUUUGGCAGUUACAUCUGCAAGUGUCACAAAGGCUUUGACCUCAUGUACAUUGGAGGCAAAUACCAGUGUCACGACAUAGACGAGUGUGCCCUUGGGCAGCACCAGUGCAGCGGCUUUGCUCGAUGCUACAACGUGCACGGGUCAUACGUGUGCAAGUGUGUAGAAGGUUACCAGGGCGAUGGGCUGAGCUGCGUGUAUAUCCCCAAAGUCAUGAUCGAACCCUCAGGUCCAGUUCACAUACCGACAGGAAACAGAAGCGUUAUCAAGGGUGACGGAGGACAAAGCAAUUGGAUCCCUGAGGUUGGAAGUACCCGGUGGCCCCUGAGGACACCGUACAUCCCUCCUGUCCUUACCAGCAGACUCACCCCUGAGCCAACGCCAAGACCUGUGCCAAAGCCGACCCCACAGCCCACUCUGCCACCGCCACUCGCCCUGCCGACAGAGCUCAGCAUGCCACCGCCAUCCACCCCAGAAUGGCCAAGAACCAGGCUGACAACCUCAGCACCGGGCAUCAGCAUCUCUGCCCCGGCGGGGACAGUGGACAACAGGAUACAGACAGACCCUCAGAAACCCAGAGGAGACGUGUUCAUUCCUCGGCAGCCUUCGAAUGAUCUGUUCGAGAUAUUCGAGAUAGAGAGAGGGGUCAGCGCAGAUGACGAAGCCAAGGAUGACCCAGGUGUCCUUGUGCACAGCUGCAACUUUGACCAUGGCUUCUGUGGGUGGAUCAAGGAGAAGGACAGUGACUUGCACUGGGAACCGGUCCGGGACCCCGCAGGUGGACAGUACCUGACUGUGGCGGCCAAGGCCCCUGGGGGCAGAGCUGCUCGCCUGGUGCUGCCGCUUGGCCACCUCCUGCACUCAGGGGACCUCUGCCUGUCCUUCAAGCACAAGGUGACCGGGCUGCACUCGGGCACGCUCCAGGUGUCCGUGAGAAGACCCGGCAGCCACGGGGCAGCGCUGUGGGGCAGAGACAGCGGCCGUGGCUGGAGGUGGACUCACAUCACCCUGCGGGGCGCAGAUAUCAAGAGCGUCAUCUUCAAGGGCGAGAGGAGGCACGGCCACCCCGGGGAGAUCGGGCUGGAUGACGUGAGCCUGCGAAGGGGCCCCUGCCCUGAGGAGCGCUAGUGACCCCUCGGCUGCCAGCAGCUCCUGUGUGGCUCCCUCCUCUCUUCCCAGUGCUCCCUUCUCUCCUCCCCUCUCUCUCCCCAGGCCUGGAAGAGCAGGCAGUGGGCCGAGAGGGGUCCGGCUGUGACCCAUGUGGCACAGGCCUGCUGUCAUGCAGUCCCAGGGACUCCACACACCCCGAGGUCACGGCAUCUACAAACACAUCCAGGCCAGCGUGGGAAUCACCCUCCAGCCUGCAGCCCAGGCAGGGAGGCCUCACACGUGUGUGCCCCGCACCAUCCUUCAUCCUGGUAGCAGACGUGGGAGAAAACUGCAGAGCUCUGUGCAGGUGCCCUCCACUCGGCGCGGCCUGUGCCAUGCAUGGUGCUGACGCUCCCUGAGCUCUGAUGUGAGGCGUGCCUGUGAAAUUGGUUUCCCCUCCAGUGAGAUUAGUUCUGGCCCGCCCUGAACUCUUUCACUGCUGCUCACUUUAUGAACGAAGGAUGUAUAACAUACCAAGAUGCAUUUAUUCUUGUUAUCUGUAUUUUUCUUAUAAAGACAUUUAUGUAGUGUGGGCACGGAAUUCCUCAUUAGUAGUUGCUGUGUUCUGUGUAAAUGUGCUAUCGAUAUUAAAUAUUUACGUGUUCCUGGUAUUUACAGACUCUAGUUGCAAAGUAAAAGGCAGCUUGUGAUCUCCUGAGUUUUUUAAAAGAAAAUGGCAAAAUGUCAUCCAGCGUGGUGACCCCUAUGUUGGCAAUAAGGGAAAAACGGUGGGGUGUCAGGUUACGGUGGAGGGGUGAUGGAAUUUCUCUGCUGGUCUUGCAUUGGAUCUUUACAAAGGACUAUAAUCCAUCAGGAUGACAAGAAACUAGUUAAUACAUAAAACCCUCCCAGCUGAGUCGGCAGUGGGCUUUCACCGUCCUAGAACCUGGCUCUCGCUGGCCGUUCCCCGAGGCUUGUGAAAGCUCCGCUUGUUUGGGGGAGCCCCGUUUGUAGCAGGAAGUAGAGGGGGUGUCUGGGGGCUCCCUAGAGACAGCGGGUCAUACCCUGUUGACGUGUUUUGGGGAUAGCCGGUUUGGAAAGGCACCGAGACCCUGGCUUAGUAUUGCAGGCAGAGGCCAGGACAGGAGUGCUGUCACCCACAACCCCCAGGGUCUCCUCGUUGUACGUUUUACCUUUCUAUUAAAAAACACUAACUCUCAAAGGGCAGCUUACUCUGUGGCUUUUCACGGCUGAGGGAGUAACCAGAGUAUUUCUGCUUUCACCAGGAAUCACAAAGAUGAUUAAAGGGGCGAGGAGAGAGAGCUCUGUGAUGGGAAAUUCAGGAACUGGGAUGAUUCAGCCGGGAAGAGCCUAAGGGGCAAAACGUAGGCUGCUGUCACAUGUGUGAGGGGUGGCAUCGAGAGGCUGGCGUCUGCCUGUGCCCCGUGGCCACUGAGAUUAGAACAAGAGGAUGUGGGAUUAGACAGGAGGGUGAGGGAGUGAUGCCUGUUGGAGGCACUUGUUGGAGUCCUUUAUAGAAAAAGAAGUGUGAAAAUCAGGAUCUUGUUCUCCCUCUAUCCAUCCAUCAGAAUGAGAUAAAAACACACCUAUUUGAGACAGGCUUCCUUCACCGUCAUAGAACGUGGCCCCUCCUGGCCAUGCCCAAGAAGUUUUGAGAAAGCUCUUCAAUCACAGAGUCUCCCAGAAGAUGUUUGGAUCCUGCUACUCAUGUGUAAUGGAAAUCUCCAAAGCUCAGCGGUUUGGCUGGGGCAGUCACUUAGCUCUUCCUGGUUGACCUCCCAAAGGACGGGGGGCCAAAGGGAAGGCGCUGAGCUCACUAAGAGCUUCCUUCUGUGCGAAGCCGAGUGGGAUCAAAGCAGACAGAAACAGAAGGGAAAACUGGCCUGGACCGUUUAUUCCUCACACUGUGGGAUGGCCAGGUGCUGUCUUCAUGUGAACUGGAAGUGUUUCUUUCCUGGUAAAGUUUCCAUGAAAUGGUCCUGACAUUUAACAGGAGGCCCAAGAGCUGAUCCUUGUAAUUUAAUUUGGUUGAGACAGGGAUGGAGAGGAAUUGAAAUCAUUGAGCCUUUGUGGAAAAGCCAGAAAAUACAGUCUUAGAUGCAUUUUAAAUGAUUCAUUUCCUUUUGGGUCCUAUAACUGCACAGUUGAAGAUCAAAGUGGAAAAUAAUUGGAAAUUUCACUUUUAGGUGCCAAACAUUGCACUGAACGGACGGAAGAAGUUAUCCAAAGUACUGUAUAACAUCCUGUGUAUUAUUUAAUGUUUUCUAUGGUGAAAAAUGUUAGUGGUUUUCCAAAUGGUCAAACAGAAACAAUUCUUUGUAAAUAAAACACUGUUGACAAUGCCA